UAUUCUCUCAUUUUAAGUCUAACCUCUUCUUCUUAUUAUUCGUCACGCGUAUUACACAUCUUUUCACAAUUCAUUCUUUUCUUCCAUAUAUAUAUAAUAAAGAUAUAAAGAUUGGCAACGAAUUCUGUUAGUUAGUAAAUUAAAAGUCAGUAUGAGAGGCGGACGCCACGAACGUCGUUGGGCGUCCGAUACCAUCCCGGACAACAUGUUAAUAAUGAGCGGCAGUUCAUCACCCGCAGCAUACACCGAUACAUCAUCCGCCGGUGAAGAGGAAUUCGUUGAAGUCACUCUCGAUCUUCAAGACGACGAUACCAUCAUCCUUCGUAGCGUCGAGCCAGCCACGUCAACAACCGCUGCCGCCUCUAACAUCAACAACAAUAAUAGUAAUAAUAUCAACAUUAAUAUCGAAAUCGACGGUGACCACCAUUUGUUAAAUACCGAAACAUCCUCAUUCAGAAGAAGUCGUUCAUCAAACAGAUUACGUCAGUUUUCACAAGAAUUGAAAGCCGAGGCAGUGGCGAAAGCCAGACAGUUUUCAGCAGAGUUAAGACGGUUUCCCUGGAGUUACGGCCACCGGGCUAAUAAUAAUUCGUCCUCAAUUUCAUCCUCGUCACAAAAUGUUGCGGUUUCUGGAUCGGGUGGGCUGGAUUCGGCACUGGCUGCACGAGCAAUGCGUAGACAGCGUGCUCAGCUUGACAGAACACGUUCUGGCGCUCAUAGAGCGCUUAAAGGUCUUCGGUUUAUUAGUAAUAAUAAUAAUAAAAUCAACGGUGUGGAUGGCUGGAAUGAAGUUGAGAUUAAUUUUGAUAAGCUCUCUAAAGACGGAUUUUUGUAUCGGGCUGAUUUCGCACAAUGCAUAGGAAUGCGAGACUCGAAAGAAUUUGCACUUGAAGUGUAUGAUGCAAUUAGUAGACGACGGAGAUUAAAAGUUGAUAAGAUUAGUAGAGAUGAAUUAUACGAAUAUUGGUCUCAGAUUACCGAUCAAAGUUUCGAUUCUCGCCUCCAAAUCUUUUUUGACAUGGUGGAUAAGAAUGAAGAUGGACGAAUCACAGAAGAGGAAGUAAAAGAGAUAAUAAUGCUAAGUGCGUCAGCAAACAAGUUAUCAAGGUUACAAGAACAAGCGGAAGAAUAUGCAGCUUUGAUUAUGGAAGAGCUGGAUCCUGAAAGACUUGGCUACAUUGAGUUAUGGCAACUCGAAACACUUCUUCUACAAAAAGACACUUACUUAAACUACAGUCAAGCUUUGAGCUACACAAGCCAAGCCUUGAGCCAGAACUUACACGGGUUGAGAAACCGGAGCCCAAUAAGGAGAAUGAGUUCAAAAUUCAUUUACUAUAUACACGAAAACUGGAGGAGACUUUGGAUUAUUGGCUUAUGGAUUUUGAUCAUGAUUGGUUUAUUUCUUUGGAAAUACUUCCAAUACAAACAAAGGGCUGCAUUUGAUGUCAUGGGCUAUUGUGUUCUUACAGCAAAAGGGGCAGCUGAAACUCUAAAAUUCAAUAUGGCUAUUGUUCUGUUGCCAGUAUGCAGGAACACCAUAACUUGGCUGAGGUCCACCAAGUUGUCUUAUGCUAUACCAUUUGAUGACAACAUCAACUUUCACAAGACCAUAGCUGCAGCUAUCGUAAUUGGAGUGAUACUCCAUGCGGGUAAUCAUUUGGCAUGUGAUUUCCCAAGGCUUAUAAACCAAGAUGAAAACAGUUAUGGUCUUACCAUGAGCCAAUACUUUGGUGAAUCUAAACCAAGUUAUGUUGACCUUGUUCGAGGUGUGGAAGGUGUAACUGGAAUUAUAAUGGUGGUAUGCAUGACAAUUGCCUUCAUACUUGCCACUAGAUGGUUCAGAAGGAGCUUAGUGAAGUUACCAAAGCCAUUUGAUAGGCUCACUGGCUUCAACGCCUUUUGGUAUUCACACCAUCUCUUUGUUAUCGUCUACGUUUUGCUUCUAGUCCAUGGAUGGUUCCUUUAUUUGGUCAAGAAAUGGUACAAAAAGACGACUUGGAUGUACCUUGCAUUUCCAGUUCUACUAUAUGCAGGGGAAAGGACACUUAGAUUUUUUCGAUCAGGCUCCUACACUGUACGGCUUAAGAAGGUUGCAAUUUAUCCGGGUAACGUUCUUACAUUGCAAAUGUCCAAGCCUCCUCAGUUCCGGUACAAAAGUGGACAAUACAUGUUUGUCCAAUGCCCGAUUGUAUCUCCAUUUGAAUGGCAUCCAUUUUCAAUCACAUCUGCUCCAGAUGAUGAUUAUCUUGCCAUUCACAUAAGGCAGCUAGGUGAUUGGACACAAGAACUAAAAAGGGUGUUCUCAGAGGUUUGUGAACCACCAGUGUCUGGUAAAAGUGGGCUUCUUAGAGCUGAUGAAACUACCAAAGCAACGUUGCCACGACUGUUGAUUGAUGGGCCGUAUGGUGCUCCUGCACAAGACUACCGUAAAUAUGAUGUUCUCCUGCUUGUUGGGCUAGGCAUUGGAGCAACACCUUUUAUUAGUAUUCUUAAAGAUUUACUCAACAACAUUGUUAAGAUGGAAGAGCUUGAAGAUUCAACAUCUGGUCAUAGUAGGCGAUCCGACCUGAGUUCUGGGAGUGCUGAUUCAUCGUCGCAUGGUAGAACUUCUCCAAGAAAGAAGAAAAUUUUGAGGACCACAAAUGCUUACUUUUAUUGGGUAACUAGAGAACAAGGUUCAUUCGAUUGGUUUAAAGGGGUCAUGAAUGAAGUUGCUGAACUUGAUCAACGGGGUGUGAUAGAGAUGCAUAACUAUCUGACUAGUGUCUACGAAGAAGGUGAUGCUCGAUCAGCUCUCAUCACUAUGGUUCAAGCUCUCAACCAUGCCAAAAACGGUGUUGACAUUGUGUCUGGCACACGGGUGAGAACCCAUUUCGCAAGACCAAAUUGGAAGAAAGUUUUCACCAAAACUUGUACAAAACAUGCUGGUGCUAGGAUAGGUGUGUUCUAUUGUGGUGCACCAGUGUUAGCCAAGGAACUAAAUAAUUUAUGUCAUGAGUUCAACCAAAAAGGGUCAACCAAAUUUGAAUUCCAUAAGGAGCACUUUUAAGGUAUUUAGGUGGUGAUCAUAUACACACCAAUGUACAUGUAUAGUUAUAGCAAGAAAGGAGGACAAUUUUGUUUCAAGGUAGGCAGAAAAGCAUCCUUUGUUAAUGAGAUGAAUGAAACCAAGAAAGCAAAUAUAGUAAAAGGGUAUUGUCUUCUACUGAUACAUGUGGCGUAAACCGAGAGGCGACAGUUGGCACGAUGGGAGUGGCGGGAUCCACCACCAUCAAACAUCUAGAAGGUUGACUUUCGAAAGGAUUGCAGUAGGACAAGUAUCGAGAAUUGGAUGGAUAUGAUUCUUCAUUCUUCGAAGAUUGAUUGAAGGUGUUGUACGUAGUGAAAUCCACCUUGAAUUAUAAUUGGCUUAUUAUACUUUUUUGUCGUCUCUAUAUACAAAGCUUGUGUAUAGACACAUUUAUUAUACGUUGAUCAUAUAAUUGUAUUUAUGAGAUCAUUAUAUGAGAAAGCAAGAAAUAUUACUUUUUCAAUA